AUAAGUGCUGAUCAAUAGCCAAAAAUUUAUCUGCAAUUAUUGGAGGAGUGUCCUUGUAAAUUGUGUGAGAAUAGAUAGUUUAUCAGUCUUACCUGUAGCACUACACGUUAAAAUUGCGGAAUGUCAACAAACUGACGUAGUAUCGAACCAUUAAUAAUUCACGUGAUAUCCAGUAAGAAAACAACAAAAUCUGACCAUGCGGCCGUGUUUCUGUGUUUGAAAGCACACGGUAUUUAAACGUUUUAAAAAGUCUGACGAAAGUGACUGUUGCAUUUUAUUAUUUUACUUACUUGUUGACGUUUGUUGUUAUUUUCUAAAAUUCAAUGACCGGUUGGUUUCCAGCUUCGUCGUUAACGGCUGGCGUAGUUUUUUUUACGCUGCUUGUAAGUUUUCCUCUUGACUCUUCGGCGUUUCAUUUGUUGAAACGUACGAAUACAAAAAGCCCUGUGAUAUUAGUUCCCGGUGAUGGCGGUAGUCAGUUGGAAGCCAAGCUGGACAAACCAUCCACAGUACACUAUUUUUGUAACAAGAAAACUGAUGAUUACUUUAGUUUAUGGCUUAACUUGGAACUUCUUGUUCCGUAUGUUGUUGACUGUUGGGUGGAUAACAUGAGACUAGUUUACGACAAUGUUACCCGCACAACUUCUAAUGCUCCUGGUGUCCUAAUCAGAGUUCCUGGUUUUGGGAACACUACCUAUGUGGAAUGGUUGGAUCCUAGUCAGAUUUCUCCCAGUGCUUAUUUUACGGGAAUUGUUGAAGCAUUGCUUACUCUAGGCUACACUAGAGGAAUUGACAUAAAAGGUGCUCCAUAUGACUACAGAAAAGCUCCUAACGAAAUGGCUGGAUAUUUUGACGCCGUGAAAAAGAUGUCUGAAGAAAUGUUUGUGAAAAACUCAGAAGCUAAAAUAACUUAUGUGUGCCACAGUAUGGGGUGCCCACUCAUGAGUUACUUCUUCAACCAACAGGCUCAAGAUUGGAAAGACAAACAUGUCAAAGCCCUAGUAUCUCUUGGUGGAGCUUGGGGUGGUGCAGUGAAAGCAAUGAAAGCUUUUGCAUCUGGUGAAAAUUUAGAUGUCUUUGUGAUCAAUCAAAAUACUGUUAGAACUGAACAACGCACUUGUCCUAGUCUUGCUUAUGUGCUACCAUCAGACAGUUUAUGGAAGCAGGAUGAAGUUUUAGUCAUCACACAAGAAAAAAAUUAUACCUUAGGAAAUUUAUAUGAUUUCUUCAAAGAUAUUAACUUUCCUGUUGGAUAUGAAAUGUAUAAGGAUACAUAUAGCUAUGCUGUUAAAAGUCUACAACCACCCAAUGUUGAGAUUCAUUGUCUGCAUGGGAUUAAUGUGACAAAUACUGUAGAAAGGCUUUUUUUUCCUGCCAAAAAGUUUCCAGAUGAACCGACAAUAGUAUAUGGAAAUGGUGAUGGGACUGUCAAUGUUCGCAGUCUUGAAGCUUGUUUACGGUGGCAGGGUCAGCAGAAACAAAAAAUAUAUCAUUUACCUUUGAAUAAUGUUGAUCACAUGAACAUCUUAUCAGAUAUUAAUGUUUUAGAACACAUAAAACGUGUUGUCAUGAGUUAGUAACAUUGCUCUUAGGAACAUAUCUUAAAAUUCAUGUUUCAUAUGAUGCUGUGAACAUUUUUACGAUAAAAGUUUUUACUCUGUGCCUUUUUCAGCAACUAUAUUUAAGAAUACUUUCCUCUGAGAUUCAGUUGUUAAAAUUAUUUACACUCUUACAAUGAGAAGGAAACAUGAUCAAUUAUUUUCUUGUACGGAAGAGCAAUAUAAUUAUAUAUCAAACUGCAUAAUUUGAUAAAGAAUAUAAAUAGAUUUAGGCAUUAAUGUUUUCUAUCAUAACAACAACUUCAUCAUGUAUGUGCUUUUAACAUUAUCAAUUGAGUUUGCAUACAAAUGCAUUCAAUUAUGUCUUACAAUAACUAUAAUACAUAAAAUAAAAACAAGGCUUUUGUGCUGAAAAUGAAUUUUAAGAAAUGUUAUUUAAGCACGGAAUUUCAAAUUAUUCAUUAUUUUGGUCUUUAUCAACACUCUAUAAUUAACAAUGCACAUAUUUGAUUGUAUAUAUACUAAAUUAAAAAUUCCCAUUGACUUCUGUUAAACUUCAACUUAAGAUAUUUCAUUGCAUAUGUACUAAAUUAAAUCUAUUCAGUUUCAAGUACCUCCUUCCUUUAAUCCUUUUGCUAGUUAAAUUUUUAGAAAAUGUUGGGAAAGUGUACAUAAUUAAAAUGCCUAAAUAUGCUAUUUUGCAAUGUUUAAUCUUUUAAAACAUUUAAAUUUACAUAAUCAUUAAUUCUUAUCUAUAUAUUUCCUGUUCAUCACAAGUAUUGUAUGCAUUGCUUGUAACUGAUUGAUUCAUAUUGGUACAAAUUAGGCUUUUUAAGGAAAAAUUGAAAGCAUAAAAAAGUAAUUUUACUUAAUCUUUUUAUUGUGUUUAAUAACAAAUAUUUUCCAUAGGCUUAUCACAUCUUUUAGAUAGUAUUCAUUAUUUUAUUGAAAGCUGACAGAUAAAAUGUUCCAAAUUGUAAAUUUAUAUGAAAACAUAUUUGUAGUGCAUGGAACGCAUGAGAAGUUAUGAAAUGUAUAUAUAUAAAAAAAGUUUGGGUCAUCCCUUAAAAUUUUACAACCAAAUUAGUUGCAUUAUCUCUCUCUCUCUCUCUCUCUCUCUUUUUUUUUUUUUUUUUUUUUUUUGCCCUCUGUAUUUUCUGGUUUUUUAAGUUAAUGAUAAUACUGCUAACUCUUGCUAUCUAAAAAAAUGUUCAUUUCAUUAUUGAUAUUGUUUAACAAUUAUUAAACUGGUAUAAAGUUAGAUUUCUUCUGUAACAGUUCCCAGUAAUUUUAGAUUGUGGAAUGACAUUGUUUUUUAAUUAAGAAAAUGGCAAUCAUAUUUUAUUACUCUUCAGUUAUUUAAAAGGAAUGUAAUACAAAACAUUUUAUCAGAAAUCUAAAUUUGUAAUAUAAUUGAUGACCUUUCAUCUAAAAAUAGAACAUUCAUAAUGGGCCCUUUUUUUCUGUUUAGAAAGAGGCAUUUGUGUAGUUAGUAAAAACUUCUUGAAACAAUUUUUCUUGGUAUUAUACUUUUUAGGGAGAAAGUUUAAUUUAUUGAGAGCUUUUAUCAUCAUAUGCCUAUUUUCUCUGCUCAUGUUUGUGUAAGUUAUAGGUAAUGAUUCAUAUAAGGGAUAAAACUUAAACCUUCACCUGUUUAUUGUCCUGUUGUUUUUCUUUAGUUUAUGUUCCAUUCACAUAGAGCGCCUCAAUGGGAAGUGACUAGGGUCAUCGUACCCUCCCACUAAAGUUCCUUGUUUGGAAAAUUUUGGUAAAACUGGGAACAGUCAUGCAAUGUUGUAACUUUAAAAAAAAAAGCUUAAUUUCUCCUCUCAUUUGGUGUAGGUAUAUAUGCAUGUAUUUUCUCAUUUGAAAAAAUUGACUUUCUUUCUGCAAAAUACAGAACUUCUCCUGCCCAAAAAUUUAAAGUCAGUGCACGUCUGAACUCAAAAUGCAUGAGUCAAUACUUAAUUUUUAAUAAUUGAAAACUUUAUUUAGCAUGUGUAAGUGUAUAACUUAAAGAAAAGGUUUUUUUUGCCACUAAUAACAUUUUUCAAAAAAAUUAUAAACGAUCUCUUAAGUAUUACACUAACUUUAAAUGUGUGUGGAAGCCUAUUUUGUUGGAACAUUUCUGGUGAGAUAUAGUUAUCGUAAACUAAUGCAUUAAUCUUUUUAUAAUUUUUCUUGUUUGCUUUCAUUUCUUUUCGGAGCAGUUUGUAUAUGUCAAUUGAAGGUUAGUUAUGUCAUUUUACAUUAUGUUUUGGUAAUGUGUGAUUACAUUAAUUUUUAAUUGCAUUUUGCAAUCAAAAAUUAGAUACAUUAAAAUCUACUUUUUUGUAUCGUUUGUUUAUGCAUUUUCAGAUUAAUGUUUAUUGGUUUUAUUUGUGGCAAUAUCAUGAGGAUUCUUGAGUAAAAUUGUGUGAAUUUCUAAAUCAUUCAGGAAAAAGCUGUGACCAAAAUUUUACUGAUCAUUGUAAUUGAAUUGAUGCUUUAGUCUUGUAAAUAUAUUAUUAUUGUUUUUUUUUUUUUUUUUUUUUUGUAAAUACUUGACAUUAUUUUGAAGUAUCAUGUCUUUCAAAAAUUUAAGAAAUUGUUUACUUCUUCAAAAUAUUUUAAUAUUUUUUGUUGAUAAUGAAUUACAUAAAUAUACCUGCUAUAUAAUAUCUUAAAAUUAUUACUCUUGUUUAAUUGCUAAGCUUGGUAUAUCUUAGAAUCAUUGCUGUAUGAUCACAUGCAAAUUGCAAAAUACUUGAAACCUUCAAAUGUAGGAAUAUAAAAGAAUAAAUAACGUAAAUAUUUUUUCCUUCAGAUAUAUUUCAAAACAAUAUUCAUGAUUAUUAAACACUCUGGCGUGUAUCCUAUAGUUUUAAUGGUGUGCAUUUUUUACAAUUGAUGACUAUUAUUUAUAUCUUCUGAACAAUAUCUGCAUGAACUUUCUGUCAGAAGGUUUAGCUUUUAAAAAGCUGUAUGAACAGUAAUACAUUUUUUUACAUAUUUCAAACAUGUUCGAAGAUAGUCCACUUAGUUGAUUCAAAUUUGUGAUAUUCUCAUUUUAAAUAAUGGUUUUAGCUUGAAAUUAUUGUUUUUAUUAUGUUAUCUAUGUGAUGUCAUAGACUUGUUAUCUGUGACUAAAGACGAUGUCGUUUAGACGAUUAUUUGGUUCUAAUAAAGUAGUUGUUAGACAUUA